UACUAGAAGUAGAUGAAUUUUUUUAGGAAGGAGAGAGAUUCUAAAACAGUGAGGUACUAAAUUUGUGGACCAUGUAUGGAUUGGAUUUAGAAUAUUAGAUCGUGGAAAUAGAUACUCACAAACAACAUAGCUCCCAUCAUUGUUUGAACUUUGUACCACCUAGCUAGUUCCUCAAAAACUCUUUCUUUAGCAUCCAGAUCAUCAUGAAUUUUCUUUCCAAUCGUUCUAGCCAAGGGGCUUCCAAAGGCUCUAAAGCACCGCCUUCUAAGGGUGCUGAAGGUACAGGAUCAUCGUUUCCCAGCAACUCCUCCAAGAAGAAAAAUCCCUCUAAAGGCAAUAAGGCAAGUAGCGACUCUCAACAACCAUCUUCAAAUGAUGAAAAUCCAGAGACGCAUACAAAACCGGCCCUCUCACAGGGCGCUGAUGGUAAAACCACGUUUAAAGCAAAGGAUCUUGUAGGCAACAUUUCGGGGGAAGAGAGUCAAGAUUGGACAUUUUCUGAAAUGUGA